CUUUAAAGUUGUAGCCGUGACGUACGCAAAACAGCGACAACAGGCGCUGUUUUCUUUUCGCGUGAUGAAGAGUGGUCCAUGCAGCCUGCUACUUUAAGCUGCUGAGAAGAGACAAUGUCUGGUUCAUGUAAUCUUCCUGAAGAUAUUGAGGACAUAGUGUCUGCACAUGAUUUUACACCAUAUGAUCGUCAGACUGCCAAAAAGGAUGUUGUUCCAAAAGCUAGAAGGCGAAGUAGAUUCAAACAGGAGGAGAAUGAAGAGGCACCUUCAAGUGACAGCAAUAUUCCUGGUAUCCAAACAAUUUGGAUAAAAACUUGGGGCUGCUCUCAUAACAAUUCUGAUGGAGAAUACAUGGCAGGCCAGCUGGCUGCUUAUGGAUACAGAAUUACAGAGAAUCCAUCUGAAGCAGAUUUGUGGUUACUGAACAGUUGCACCGUAAAAAGCCCUGCGGAAGACCACUUCAGAAACUCAAUUAAGAAAGCUCAACAGGAAAAUAAGAAAGUGGUGCUGGCUGGCUGUGUUCCUCAAGCUCAGCCUCGAAUUGACUACAUUAAGGGGCUUAGCAUUAUUGGGGUUCAGCAGAUAGAUCGUGUGGUAGAAGUUGUGGAAGAAACAGUCAAAGGUCACGCCGUCAGACUGCUGGGGCAGAAAAAGGAUAAUGGAAAACGGUUGGGGGGAGUUCGAUUGGAUUUGCCAAAGAUUAGGAAGAACCCACUGAUAGAAAUCAUUUCCAUCAAUACAGGUAGCCAUGCCUCAAUAACUGUGAAAUAUGAUUGUGUACCUGUGGAUGUUGAUUUUUACAGCAGUUUUAUGAUGUCCUUUUGGGGUAGAAAAGAGAAGAAUACUUCUGACCUUGAUCAUCUAGACAGCUGUCACAUUCUUGAAGAAAGUCUGAAAGAUGAAUAUUUUGAAAGUCUUAGGUCAAAUUGUAGAAAAUUGGCAGAGUUAUAUGUACGGUAUAAAAUGUAG